AUGGCCUCAGGUGUCACCUCUGCACUGUGUGUACUGGGAGCCCUGCUGUGCAGCAGCUGCCUACAGAUCAGAGCAGCUUCUUUUUAUGGUGAAAGUUAUGUUGAACUGAAGACGGUGGAAUCGUUCUCAAAGUUAUCCUUUCAGUUACGGUUCCAAACCAGCAAGGCAGAUGGGUUACUUUUCUUGGCAGCUGGGAAAGAUGAUUAUUACUUGGUCGAGUUACAUGCAGGUCGUGUACAGAUUAAAAUUAAUUUUGGAAAGGGUGAACUAGCCCUUUCUCUUGACCAAGGCCCUCGUUUAGAUGACUUGGAGUGGCACUUAUUGAAACUUAGCCACGAAGACGCGAAUGUUAUCCUUACAGUCGAUAAACAUGUAAAAUCUGAUAUUGCUAGCGGAUCCAAUACAUUCAACACACAGCAUGGGCUCUAUGUUGGUGGACUUGGCAGCCUUAAAGUCCCUUAUGCAAAACAUAUGCAUUCUUACUUCAGGGGAUGUAUGGAUGAUGUUAUAUUCAAUGAAUAUGAUCUACUUUCUAACCUUAGACCAUAUGCUGGUCUGAAAAAUGUUCAUGAGGUAUCUCUAGGGUGCAGUGAUGAGUUCUUUAUAAGUGAAGAGGAUCCUAUCAGUUUAUUCAGCUCCAAGUCAUUUUUGGCUUUCCCACGCUGGAAUAAUGAGGAUGAUGCCGACUGGGAGUGUUUUCUCCAGCCCUCAGUUGGAAGAGGUUUGUUAAUGUAUCAUUCUGGAAAAGGUGAAGAUUUUGUUUCUUUAGAAAUAAUAGACUGGAUUGUAAGAGCCAGCAUUGGAAAGGGGAAAAAUAUAGCACGUCUUGAUUUCCCAAGUUCAAUCACUGAAAAUAAAUGGCAUUACAUCAAACUUAAAAUCACAUCAAGACAUUUUCAUCUCACAAUAGGGGAGAAGACUGAGAAAGCUUUGCUCCCAUCACGUGUUAAAACUCAUGGUCCUAUGUAUGUGGGUGGUAUCAGUGAUGCUUCACGUGAUCAGGUAAAACAUUUAGAACUGACAUCACUCUCUGGAAAGCAUUCAAAGGGAGGAUCAUUUAAAGGCUGUAUUAAAAACAUAAAGGUGAAUUCAGUUAAGCUUGGACUGAGAAAUGUUUUAUCCACUAAAGAUAUAUCACCUGGUUGCAAAACCGAAGCAGCACUGAGCCCUGUUCCAGCAGUGGAAGUAAAAACUGUUAUUUUAACAACAUUAGCUCCUACUACUUCUCUUAUCGCUACAGUGGUAACAAAGAAAAAAGAAAAUGAUAUCUUUAUCACCCUAACUAAUUUGGUGGUUCAGGAAGGUAAUAAAGGUACCCUGCAGUCUAAACACAUAAAAUUGAAUUUAAGUUUUAGGGAGCUUGGUAUUCGGCAGUCUCAAAUUUUAUUUAAUGUAGUUGAUUACCCACUGCAUGGCCAGUUGAAGUUUGAUGUUUCUUCACAACAAGAAAAGGGUAUGUUUACCAUGUUAGAUCUAUGGCAUGGAAGAAUUACUUAUGCUCAUGAUGGCUCUGAAGGAUCAAGUGAUCAGUUUAGCUUUUCUGUUACCACGAAUAGCAAGAAUGAGAUGCUGCCCUUUCUUCGUGGAGAAAAGUUGUAUGUCCUUAAUAUAACUGUGACACCCUCUAAUGAUGCACCGGAGCUUACUUUGCCAGAAGGAAAUUUGUUUACUCUAUUGGAAAACUCCAAGAAAAGGCUCACUGGAAAUCUGCUAAAAAUUUACGAUGUGGAUUCGGAGCCGCAGAACCUACACCUGGUAGUCCUUGGUAACUUGAAUGUAGAUGCUGGAUUUUUAGAAAACAUUAAAGAUCCAGAAAAAGCCAUAACCACAUUUUCUUAUUCUGAUUUGCUUGAAGGCAACAUAUAUUAUGUCCACCGUGGAGUCAAGAAUGCCAGACUUGUAUUAAGGGUUAGUGAUGGUGAUAAAGUGAGUAAUACAGUGGUGCUGAGAAUUUUGGCCAUACCACUAGAAUUUAAAUUGGCAAAUAAAACAGACAUCGAAGUGAUUCAAGGUGGAAGUGUGCUACUUCAGCCAAGCAACUUGGCAGUGGAAACCAAUGCAUUGAACCAGGACAUAGAAAUUAAGUAUGAUGUUACUGAAAUGCCAAAGUUUGGUCACAUCCAGAGACGAAGUUCUGCAAAUGAAUGGAAGCCAGCAGCCUCAUUUACUCAGCGUUCUCUGGAAAGAGAGAGAAUACGAUACCAUAAUACUUACAAGGAGAUCCAAGAAGCUGAUGUGAAAGAACAUUUUAAAUUUAAAAUCACCAUAUCCAAUAAGUCUAGUGAAGAACUAAUAUUUCCAAUUAAAGUAAAGUGGCUUAAAUAUACAUUGCUUAAAAACUUUCCUUUGACUAUUGAGAACAAAGAGAAGGCUAUUUUUGGUGCUGACAACCUACAUGCCAUAGUGGAGGGAAUUGGUGUAAAUGAUAAAGAUUUGUUUUUUAAGUUAGAAUCGGUGCCAACUAAAGGAAAUAUUCUAAGUAAAAAUAAAAUUUUAAGCAAAAAUAGUGUGUUCAAUCAGAUGGAUAUUAUAGAGGGAAAUGUUGAAUACAAGUUACAUGACCGACAUCAUGAAGAUGCUCAAGAUUUCUUCAAGUUCCUAAUGUUCACAAAAUAUGCACAAUCUCAGCCAAAUGACUUUACAAUAUUUAUUAAGGCCGACUUGAAUAGCAUCAUUCUGACAAACAAAGGAUUGUCAUUAGGAGAAGGCGAGACAAAACUUAUAACCAAAGAUGAGCUGUUUGUGCAAACUUUAAAUAAUAAAACAUUUUCCUUCAAGGUUUUGAAGAGUCCACUCAACGGUAAACUUAAAUUGAUUAAUUUUUCCACUUCUGUAACCAGCAAUGAUAACAUUACGGUCUUUUCCACACAAGAUAUCUUGGGUAAACGCCUCAUGUAUGUCCAUGACAACUCAGAAACGGUGUCGGAUGCCUUUGUCAUUCUUGCAUCCUCUGUGGCCUCUGAAUUGCAAACCCGUGAUCUGGAUGCCAAUCCAGUUCCCACUGAAUUUACUUUUAACAUAUCCAUAGAGUUGAAAAAUGAUGAGAAGCCCAUCCGUGUGGUUGAUCAGCUUUUUCAUGUAGUCAGAAAUGGUCAGAGGUUGCUAACACUGGAAGACUUGUGCUACCAUGAUCCUGAUACAGAUUUUGAUGAUGGGCAGUUACUAUAUACCAGACGUGGUAUUCCAAAUGGAGAUCUUGUUUCAUAUGAUGAUACGUCUAAAAAGCUUUACCACUUCACCCAGGAUGACUUGGAAAAUAAACGCGUCCUUUUUAUUCACCAUGGCGGGGCUUAUGGCCGUUUUGUCUUGUUCGUAACUGAUGGAAAACAUUACACAUCCUCACUACUGGAAGUUACUGCAUCUGAGCCCUUCAUUAAAGUAAUAAACAAUACUGGUUUGUUGGUCCAGAAAGGGAAGGAUAAAAUAAUAACAGCAGCCAACUUUAGCAUUGAAACAAACAUGUUUGUAAAAAGUGAGAGUGACAUUCUUUAUGACAUAAGCCUGCCACCAAAACAUGGAAAAAUUAUUACAAAAAAACAGGUUUUAAGAUCUUUCACACAUGAAGACUUAAAAAAUGGACAUGUGGCUUAUAGGCAUGACGACAGCAUUCAUCUGUCUGACGCAUUUAAUGUCACUGUGAAAAUUGAUUCCGUGUCCGUUGAAGUUGUGAUUAAAGUCCGUGGUUAUUUGGAAAGUCACCAGAGACCUCCGACCGUACAAAACCUGAAGGCCCUUGUGGUUGAAGAAGGAAAGCCGGUUAAAAUUGACAAAGACAAGUUGCAAGUUUUUCAUGAGGAUAACACACCGGGUGAAAUGAUUUUUACAGUGAUUACACUUCCAAAAUAUGGAUAUAUACGUAGAGUUGAGUCCUUGGUAUUCCGAUUUCCUGAUGAUCCAAAGUCUGUGAUGGUGUUUACACAGGAAGAUAUUAACAAUGAAGACAUUCAGUAUGUGCAGACCGAGGCUGGCCAGUUACUGGACAACUUUGAAUUAGACUUGACCAAUGGUGUAAGAGAGAUAAUGGGUAUAACCGUCUCUGUGGAUAUAAUCCCAAUCCAUAUCCCACUGGAGGUUCAAAAUAUUACAGUCAAGGAAGGAGCAUCCAAAGCCUUAACACAGGAAUACCUGCAUAUACCUAGCAAACAUUUUCAGAACUUGAAUUCUGAGUUUGUUCUACUUGACCCUCCAGCUCAUGGCUUCAUUGAAAACACUAGAUUUCCUGGAAUAAAGCUAUCAAGUUUUACCAAAAAACAGGUGGAGCAGGAACUAAUCUAUUAUGUCCAUGAUGAUAGUGAAAUCUUGCAGGAUAAUUUUACAAUAAUUCUGAAUAAUACAGAGCUUUCCAAGCAAAGUCUCCCACAGGCCAUUUUUGUGUCUGUUAUUCCCAUUAAUGAUGAACACCCAGUGAUAACAGCCAACAACAUAUUUCGAGUCUGGGUUGGCUCAGUGACUGAAGUGACAUCUAAUGAUCUGUUGGCUGAAGAUAAGGACACGCCCCCAGCUGACCUGGUGUUCUUUAUCACACCGCCUAGCAAUGGUUACCUGGCACUCAAAUCCUAUCCAAAUCGGAGCAUUCUCAAUUUCACCCAGCAGCACAUAAAUGAUGGGCAUCUGGUGUUUGUACACAAUGGACCAAUGUCUGGGGGUUUCAACUUCCAGGUUACAGAUAGUUUGAAUUUUGCACCAAGACAAAUUUUCAGCAUCACUGCAAGAACCCUGGUUAUAAAUCUUGAAGUAAAUAAAGGUCUUGGUGUAUUUCCAGGAACACGGAGGGUCAUAUCUUCUGAGGUAUUAAAAGCUUUUACCAAUGAUCAGAGUGACAAGAAUAACAGGACAAUAACCUUCCAGGUGUCCAGCCCUCCAAAACAUGGGCGAAUCUUAAAAUUGGAACUGGAAAAUGCAACAGGAGAAGUGACGAGCUUUACCCAGUUGAUGGUUGAUGAGGGGAUGAUCUUGUAUGAACAUAAAGAUACAGAAGCUGUAGUGUGGAGUACACAGGAUUCCUUCUCUUUCACGGUGGUCUCACCUCCUGCCAUGCUAGAAAACCAGAAGUUCCUCAUCGCUAUAUCUUAUGAGAUUGAUGAUCCGAACAGGCCAACCCGCCUCAUUGCAAAUAAUGGUGCUUCUGUUUUGGAAGGACAAAAAAUUCAAAUAGACAAGUCAAAGCUGGAUGCCUCCAAUCUGCUAGUCAGGCUGCCAGAAUCUCAACGAGCCGCAUACGAAGUUUGGUUCCAGGUGACCACGUUACCCAAACAUGGUGUGAUCAUAGUUGGAGACAGGAAUAUCACUAAAGAAAAGCCCAACUUUUCCCAGUACAUUGUCAAUAAAUUUGGGAUUACCUAUGCACACAAUGGAGCAGAGUCACCUACAGAUAACUUCACUUUUGCCACAUGGCUCAAUUUAAAAAGUAAAUCUGCUGUUAAGCCAGACUUUGAUGUUAUAGAGGAGAUAUUUAAUAUCGCUGUAAUACCUGUUAAUGACCAACCACCCGAGCUUAAAACAAAACGGCCCAUUCUUAGAGUUCUGCAAGGGAAAAUGGUGGCCUUAGGCCCAGAAAACCUGAAUGUUGAAGAUCUGGAUAAUCCUCCAGAAGAUAUAACAUACACAGUAAUAAGUGCACCAAAUAAUGGCUUCUUGGCCAAAUUGGACAACCUAAAUGAAACCAUUCAGCAUUUUACACAAGCAGAUAUUAAUAAUGGAGACCUCUGGUUUGUACAAGAUGGAAGCCCAAGCUCAGGAGUGUUCUACUUCAGUGUGACAGAUGGCAAACAUAAACCAUUAUAUAAACUUUUCAAUCUAGAUGUUACACCAGUUUCCAUAACUUUGGUUAACAAAACAAAUCUAGUCCUUGUCCAAGGACAGACCUUUGCAACAGUUACAAAUACAAAUCUAGCAGCUACUACAGAUGGAAAGAGCACAGUGAUUAAUUUUGAGAUGUCAGAGCCACCCAGAUUUGGCAGUAUUUUAAUUAACAACACACCUGUGACAAACUUUGAUCAGUUAGAAAUAGAUUCUGGCAAAGUAACAUACCUCAUGAGCAACUUUACUGUAUCUCAAGACAGUUUAGAAUUGAUCAUCUUUACUUCAGAAAGCAAUCUCACAGGACAGGUGCUAAACAUCACUGUGGAGCCUCUAGUAGAUAUUGCUGUUGGACUAAAAAUACCAACAGGUGUAAAGUAUAUUUUAAAAACUGGGGACCUGAAUGCAACAGAACUAGCGACUUUGACCAGCAGUGACCCAGAAUACUCCGUAGUAAAUGCACCGACAUAUGGUAGACUAGUAAGAAGAAAGAUGUCUAAAAAAGACACAUAUGAAGACAUUGAAAAGUUCACACAUAGUGACAUUGAAGCUGGACAUAUAUCGUUGCAUGUUGAUGCCAAUGUGACAGAUCAGGAUAUGAUCAACGAUUCAUUUGCCUUCAUGCUAAAAGCUAAGAACGUGCCACCCGCUCUGGGAUACUUCACUUAUUCUGUGGUCCCGUAUGAUCCAGCACUUAUAGACUCUUCAACAACUGUAGCAUCUAUUUCAGUCACCACAUCUGCUCUAUUGUACACUGGCCUUAGCCAUGAGAAAAGGACAACCAGUCACUGGUUGAACAUAAAUGUAACAGAAGCUCCCAUAAAGAGGUUUGGCAAUCGCAAUCGAUGGGGAAAUCAAAGACAUGAUGAGCCAACUCCCUCUCUGGAUGUAACAACCACAAGGUCUUCUGUUCAAGACACCACAAUUAAACAAACUACAGAUAGUCCUGAAGCAGAACCUAGCCAAACCAACCCUCUUUCAAUCAUAAUUCCUCUGGUAGUUCUCAUUGUCCUGUUGCUGGCCAUUAUUUUUAUUGUUUGGUUUCUUCUUAGGAAACGAAGGGCAAAAAAGGCUCAACCUCAUGUCAGAAGCCACUCCUACAGCAUGGUACCUCAGGUUCCUUCUCCAUACACUGAAAGAAGUACCACUGUGCCAUGCGUGACUGUAACUCCCCUACAAAAACCCGAUGAUUAUUGCUCUGCAAGCCCCCUUUUGCCACCCAGGCAUGACCAUUUACUUACAAAUUCUGCUCCACCGUUUGGUGGUGACACUCAUCAGAAGACCUGGUUGCAGAUGGACCCAGAAAUGAUACAACAUUGCAGAAAAACGAAUCCCACCCUUAAAAUUAAUCAAUACUGGGUGUGACAAGGCAAUACUCACAAACUUUUAUACUAAUAUAUUUUAUAAAUAUGUAUAUUUUUGGUAUUUACCAAAAUAGCCAAUUUAUUCACAAGGUGCACAAGUUAAUGUAAAGGUAAAGGCAAUCAGUCCAGUCUAGGAGCCAGUAGAUUCUUGUAGACCACAUGACAUCAUGUGUUUCCCCUGACUACUAGAGGAAAAGCUC